AUGACUACAGUACAUAGCGCAUUAAAAGAGCUUGACCAAGAAGAGUUGGCCAAGAGCAAUCCAUUUAUCAAGUUAGUACAUGGCCAAACGAUUGUAGAAGUACCUGAGUUAGAGCUUGAGUGCGGAAUAACUAUUAGCAACUUUCCUAUUGCUUACAAGACAUGGGGGUAUUUGAAUGAGGCUAAGGAUAAUGUCUUAGUGAUUUGUCAUGCUUUGACCGGGUCAUCUGAUGUAGCGGACUGGUGGGGACCUUUGUUGGGCACAGGGUUAGCGUUUGAUCCUUCGAAGUUCUUUGUGAUUUGCUUGAAUUCUAUGGGAUCUCCUUACGGGUCUUUUUCGCCGUUGUCCAUCGAUGCAUCGACAGGCGAGAGGUACGGACCGGAGUUUCCACUUUGUACAGUCAGAGAUGAUGUAAGAGCUCACAAGAUAGUCCUUGAUUCUCUUGGCGUAAGUUCGAUUGCAUGUGUCAUUGGGGGUUCCAUGGGUGGUAUGGUUGCACUUGAAUGGUCCGCCAUUUACGGUUCGGAGUAUGUGAAGAAUUUGGUUGCUUUGGCAACAUCUGCUAGACACUCAGCAUGGUGCAUCUCUUGGUCGGAGGCUCAGAGACAAUCAAUAUACUCGGAUCCAAAAUACAUGGAUGGUUAUUACUCUCUAGACGAACCACCAACUGUUGGAUUAUCAGCAGCCAGAAUGUCUGCUCUUUUGACCUAUCGUUCAAGGAAUAGUUUUGAAAACAAAUUCUCUAGAUCAAUACCGUCAUUGCAACAACAACAAAAGUCAGGUCGUCUAGAUGCACAGACACAAAGCCAGUCGCAAUCACAGUUAACAUCUAAAAAAUUGCAAGACCUCAACAAGGAAAUUCACAACGACGGUAAUCGUUCCAGAUAUCCUCUAUUAAGUGAGAGAAAGCCCAGUGUAUCAUCGAUUUCCUCUUCUUGCUCAUCAAGAGAAUCCUGUCACUCGCUAUCCUCAUCUACUUCGGUAUCGUCUCUAAGCAAGUCAAAAAGCCCAAAACAAGUUAAGCCAGCACAGACGUACUUCUCAGCGCAAUCAUAUCUACGAUACCAAGGUGAGAAGUUUGUAAAACGUUUUGAUGCUAAUUGUUACAUUUCUAUUACAAGAAAACUAGACACCCACGAUUUAGCCCGUGAUAGAAAUGAAGAAGAUAUCGCAAACGUUUUGGAGUCGUUCAAGCAACCAGCAUUAAUCAUUGGUAUAUCUUCUGACGGACUGUUCACGUAUUCUGAACAAGAGUUUUUGGCAGCUCACAUUCCUAACGCUAGAUUGGAGAAGAUAAACUCACCAGAGGGUCACGAUGCCUUCUUGUUAGAAUUCAAACUAAUUAACAAACUCAUUAAGGACUUCCUUGCUAAGAACUGUAAAGAGCUUGUUGAGUCAGAGGGGCGUCUUUGGCAGGAUAAUGUCGAAGUUGUAACAAACUCUGUAUUUGGAGAAGCCGAGGAGGUUACAAAUUGGUAA